GGACGAGGGGCCGGGGCGGGACACCGCGCACUACCCGAGGCGCAGCCGCAGUGGGAGAGGAUCCCGGCGCCAGGACCUGGAGCUCCGGAGAGCCACGGUUGCCAUGAGCCCAGUGGACCUUUCCCGCGUGGGCGCUUGCGUCCUGAAACAUGCAGUGACCGGGGAGACGGUGGAGUUGCGGAGCCUGUGGCAGGAGCAGGCGUGUGUGGUGGCCGGGCUGCGGCGCUUUGGCUGCAUGGUGUGCCGCUGGAUCGCCCGGGACCUCAGCAAUCUCCAGGGUGUCUUGGACCAGCACGGCGUGCGCCUGCUGGGCGUCGGGCCCGAGACCCUGGGCCUACAGGAGUUCCUGGACGGUGGUUACUUUUCCGGAGAACUUUACCUGGAUGAGAGCAAGCAGUUUUACAAGGAGCUGGGCUUCAAGCAGUACAACAGCUUGAGCAUCCUUCCAGCUGCCCUGGGGAAGCCUGUGCGUGACGUUGCUGCCAAGGCCAAGUCUCUUGGCAUCCAGGGGAACCUGUCUGGAGACCUGCUGCAGAGUGGAGGGCUGCUGGUCGUCAACAAAGGUGGUGACAAAGUUCUGUUGCAUUUUGUCCAAAAGUCCCCGGGUGAUUAUGUGCCCCAGGAGAGCAUCCUGCAGGCUCUGGGCAUCUCGGCAGAGGUCUGCACCAGUGAACCACCUCAGUGUGACGAGGAGGUGUGUAGGAGGUGAAGACUCUGACCUCUGAUCUGGAGGCGUCUGCUGCCCUAGGUGUGCUGAGAAUCACACUGGAAGAUUCAUCGUGGAGUUGUUGGGCUAGGGUGCUGGACUGCUCUGGUCCUCAGGCAACAAAGAGCCAUUAAAACU